UGCAUACAUGUACAACACACAGUAUCACUCUGUCACCUAUCUCGACUUUGCUCAUGAAACUGGCUCGCCGCUUCACCACCACCUCGAAGGCAGCAAAACCCGACCCGUUUUCCGAAUUCCGGAUCCCCCAUGACCCGAUCGGAGAGCUCCACGGACACUUGAUCAGAACGAAUCAGCACAGAAACCCGAUACCCAUGUCACAAGUGAUCAAAUCUUACGCUCUCUCCCAAACGUCUAUGAACAAAGCCCGUUCGGCUUUCUUCGCAGUAGACAACCCUACACUGCCCAUUUUCAAUCACAUGAUUCGCGGGCUCUGUCAAAGUGAUAGCCCAGUUGAUGCACUCGUCCUGUUUGAUAAAAUGCGUGAGCUAGGAUUGCGUGGCGAUAACCUCACUUUUAUAUUCGUGAGCAAAGCUUGUGCCAGAGCCUCGGAUGUUUCGUGCGGGAAAAGAGUUCAUGCCCACGUUCUUAAACUUGGUUUCGGAUCGUAUCUUUAUCUGUGCAAUGCUCUGAUUUAUAUGUAUGGGUUUUGUGGUGAAUUGGGUUUUGCAAGAAGGGUGUUCGAUGAAAUGUCUGAAAGGGAUUUGGUUUCUUGGAACUCGUUGAUCUGUGCGUAUAGUCAAUGUGCAAAGUAUGAGGAGGUGUUGGGUCUUUUUGACGCGAUGAAAGUUGAAAAUGUGAAGGCUGAUUCUGUGACUAUGGUGAAAGUUGUCUUAGCAUGUAACUAUUUAGGUAGAUUGAAUCUUGUGGAUUCUAUUGUCGAGUAUAUUGAGUAUAACUGUGUUGAAAUUGAUAUGUACUUAGGCAAUACAUUGAUUGACGCGCACGUGAGGUGUGGCUCCUUCGCAUCGGCUCGUGGUCUUUUUGAUAGGAUGACUAAGAGAAACGUUGUUUCUUGGAAUAUGAUGAUUAUGGGAGCUGCAAAAUCAGGGGAUUUAGUUGCAGCCAAGAAACUUUUUGACGAAAUGCCCGAGAGAGAUGUUAUUUCAUGGACUUCUAUGAUCCACGCGUACGCUCAAGCUAACCUGCACGACGAUGCCAUUAGGCUCUUCCAGAGGAUGAUGGUGGCCAAGGUCAAGCCCGAUCAAAUCACGGUAGCUACUGUGCUCUCUGCUUGUGCACAUUUAGGAAGACUCGAUGUGGGUAAAUCGCUCCACGAUUACGUAAGCAGUAACGGUGUAAAAUCGGAUAUUUAUGUGGAGAAUGCUCUGAUAGACAUGUACUGCAAAUGCGGAUCCGUUGAGAACGCACGGAAGGUGUUCAAUGAAAUGAAAGAAAGGGACCCGGUGUCAUGGACUUCAGUCAUAUCUGGUCUUGCAGUGAACGGUGAUUCUGAGCUUGCUCUUGAGCUCUUCUCUAGAAUGUUAAGAGAAGGUAUAAAGCCCGUACAUGGAACUUUUGUUGGGAUAUUAUUGGCUUGUGUUCAUUCGGGUUUGGUGGAUGAAGGAGUCGAAUUUUUCUGCAGUAUGGAAAAAAAUUAUGGAUUGGUGCCGGAAAUUAGGCACUAUGGGUGUAUGGUGGAUCUUUUUUGCCGGGCUGGAAAUCUUCACAGGGCAUAUGAGUUCAUGAAGAAUAUGCCCAUGUUUCCGGAUAUUGUGGUGUGGAGGAAAUUUCUCAGUGCUUGUAAUCUUCAUGGUAAUCUGGUUUUAGCCAAGAUUGCUUCGGACAAGGUUAUUGAGUUGGAUCCGACCAAUGGUGGGAAUUAUGUGCUGUCUUCGAACUCGUACGCAAGUGCAGAGAGAUGGGACGAGGCUAUGAAAAUGAGGGAAUUGAUGGAUAUUGGUGAUGUGAAGAAGCCAUUAGGUUGGAGCUGUAUAGAAACAAAUCAAGAAAUAUCUAGACUUUCGGAAAAUAUGGUAAGUUUUCGAGAAGAAUAAAAUUCGUUGGAGAGCUCGAUUAUUGCAGUUUGGUUAAGUUUAUUGCCG